UUUCUUCUUAAAACUCUAUUCUUUUUCUGAAUCAUAAUCAGCCAAAAUCUCACACUCUCCUCUUGCUUUAAUUAACUAUAUAGUAUAUACUUUGACAAGCUUGACCUAAGUGCCAAAGUCCUCCAUAAACUAAUAAAAUUUCCGAAUGAUGGCUUGUGGAAGUGUCAACCUUCCUCCUGGCUUUUGCUUCUCUCCAACUGAUGAAGAACUCGUCCUUCACUUUCUUCGUUCCAAGGCUUCUCUACCAUGUCAUCCCAACAUCAUUCCAGAGCUUGACCUCUCUCAUCUUGACCCAUGGAAAUUAAAUGGUAAAGCGUUGUCAAGUGGGAAUCAACACUAUUUCUUCACCAAAGUGAAGGAAAAUAGAUCCACAGAAAAUGGGUAUUGGAAGGAAAUAGGAGUCACGGAACCAAUAGUAUCUGCCUCUGAAAAAGUGGGGUUUAAGAAGUACCUUGUGUUCAACCAUGGUGAAGCUCCACAAGGCACUGAAACCAGUUGGGUCAUGCAAGAGUAUCAUAUUUGCUCAUCCGGCUUUACCACCGCAUCUUGUGGAAGUACUCGCGGAAGACGAAAACCAGAUCAAAGUAGGAGCAAAUGGGUAUUGUGCAAAGCCUAUGAAAAAAAGAGUUCUCAAUCCCAACAAGGUGUAAACUUUUACAACGAUGAUGAGAAUGACAGCGGAACUGAGCUUUCAUGGCUAGACGAAUUUUAUAUGACGUUAGAUGAUGAUCUUGAAGAAGUUAUAAGCAUGCCUAAUUAGAUUGAAUAAUAUAUAUAUCCUAAUAUAUAUAUAUAUAUAUAUUAGGAUAUAUGUGUUAGAAUUUUAUGUGUUUUGAAUGGAAGAUUAUUAGGCAGUCUCUAGAGUUACAUAGAGAGGAGCACAGAAAGAUUAUGUACCUAUUUAAUUAGGUAAUGGCUUUUCCUUUUGUCACAUUUCAAACGUCCUUAUGCAUCAAAGAGGAUAUACUUUGCUUGCGAAAUGCAACUUACAUAUAGUUUUCAGUUUUGUACCUUUUCAAACUUGUUUUAUGUAUAACUACUUUAUACUUUUCUUUUUAUUU